AUGGUGUUACUUCCAAAGGCUAGAAACGACUGGAAGAAUCUUAGAUUCUUGGAUUAUAAGUCGGUGGAUGAGUACAGUUCAGUCUUAUUUAAGACGGUUUCGAUGCUGAGACUUUGUGGUGAAGUAGUAACCGAAGAAGAGUUACUUGAGAAGACUUACUCUACAUUCCAUUCAUCGAAUGUGAUACUGCAACAGCAGGACAUAAUGAAAGGCUUCGCCACAUAUACUGAUCUGAUCUCGUGCCUGCUUCUAGCCGAGGCAAACAAUGAGCUCCUGAUUAAGAACAGUGAAGCUAGACCUGUUGGAACAGCACCAUUACUGGAAACUAAUGAGGUUGAAAAGAAAAAACCCAACGAGUGCAAUUACGUCCAAAACAAUAAGAGAUCACACGGUAAUGGCCGUGGUGGUUACAAGGGGUGUGGCAGUGACAAUUACUCAAACAGCCGAGACAACUACUCGACCGGCCGGAAAGGAAGCCACAAUAACCGUGGUCGUGGGAACCAUUGGGCCAAGAACUGUAGAACCCCUAAGCACUUAUGUGAGCUCUACCAAGAAAGUCUGAAGAACAAUAACCCGGAUGCUCACAUGGUUCACGAUUCCGGAUAUGAGGCCGAUAAUGAUUCCGACAUUGCUAAAGAUGACCAGAUGGACUUUGAGACUUCUGAUUGUCUCAAGGACUAA